AUGGCGACCGCCGAGCGGACAGGUCCAAUGGGAGCACCUGGGAAGCCCAUCAGCGCUGGAUGGGUCUUUGGCGGUGAGAAAGGAACUUCGCCUGUUGUUCUCACGGCAGCAAUCAUCAUCCCUCUCCUUUUUGUGGGUUUGAAGAAACUCCAUUAUCCAACCUUUGAUCCACGCGAGCCUCCGGUCCUGAGACCUCGGAUUCCCUUCAUCGGCCAUAUCGUUGGUAUGAUAAGGGAGCGCAGCAGCUGGUAUAUCAGGAUAUAUAAUGAGAACCCAUUACCGAUUUGUACUUUGCCCAUGCUCCACGGCAAAAUGUACAUCAUCAACGCUCCCGAUCUCAUAACUGCAGCCAUGAAGAACGGCGACAUCAGCUUCGACCCCUUCUUGCUAGAGGUCCCUGUCGGCUUGUUCGGUUUGAGCAAAAAACUGUCAGACAUAAUCGAGCAACGACAUGUUAUCGAUGGUCUCUUGAACGUCAUCCACUAUACCUUGAUGGGAGACCAUCUGUCCAGGAUGAACAUCACAGCGCUGACCAAGAUGAUGCAAACCCUAAAUGAUCUAGGUCCAAGUCCGGUUGAAGUUUCAGACGCCUAUGAGUGGUCUUGGGAUGUGCUGGGCAAUGCCACUAUGGUGGCAAUCUUUGGAGAGAAGAACCCACUUACCCCUGAGCAUCUGCAUCUGAUAAGGGACUUUGAUGAGGGUGUUGCGAGAUUCGCCAUCGGUAUCACGCCCGGAUUGAUUGCUCCAGGGCCUCUACGGGCUCGCGAAAAGAUAAACACCCUCCUUGAAUCAUUCUAUGCAGCAGGCUAUGAGACCCGUCCCGAUGUAUCAUCAAUCAUCCAAAAGCGAACAGAGAUUCUCCGAAGAGAAGGAUUCGAUGACCGUGACCUUGGCAUCCAAGAGAUUACGAUUCCUUGGGUCGCAACGACUAACACUAUCGCUGUUCUGUAUUGGCUCUUGGCACAUGUCUUUUCUGUCCCAGAGUAUACGCAAAGAAUCCGCAAUGAAAUGGAGGCUAUUUCCAUCAUCGCUAGCGCCAAAGACAAGGGUCGUGUGGGUACAAUCUCGGUCAAGGAGAUGAACAAAGAGUGCACCUUUCUCUAUGCCUGCUACCGAGAGACUCUGCGUCUGUACAUCCACAACACUGGCCAGCGACGGGUGGUCAAGGACACGACUAUCAAAGAUCAAGAAGGUCGAGAAUAUCUUCUCAAGAAGGGCACCAACGUCCAGUGGCCUGGUAGUCUCACGCACAUGACUGACUCUGUCUGGGGUGACGACGCCUGGAUCUUUCUACCAGAGAGAUUUCUCAAUGUGUCGCCACAGGAAGAGAAGCAGCGUCGCGGUGCGUAUAUCCCGUUCGGAGGAGGCAAACAUUUAUGUCCAGGACGAAACUUUGCUUUGUCGGAAAACAUGGGCUUUGUUGGUAUUCUUGCUCUUGGAUAUAAUGUUGAGGGGGUGCGUGUGCCCGAAUCUGAAGAUCCUGGCUUAGGGUUAGGAUCGAGGAAGCCCAUCGGGGGGACAGCGCUUCGGAGUGCCAAGGUUUCGAGGAGGGUCGGAUGGGAAGACGUGACCUGGGAGUUUGUUGAGUGA